AGCCUUUUCUAAAAGUUGAUCUCCUCGCCCCAUCAUAUUUCUGAAUUGUGAAGCCGUGGUGAAGGCUGGUGGCGACUGGAGGGUGCCAGCCAAAAUGCAGCUCCUCAUCAGAUGUAAUGGGAGGAUUUUCCUGGCUAUUUGUUUAAUCCUCUUUGUGGGAUACACAGCACAAGGUGCUCCAGUGCAGAAGGCAAGGUACAAGAGAGUGAGGUGCCGACCUGAUGCCUGGUCCGCUAACUGCAUUGAAGAGAAGGGGCCCUGGUUUUACAUGGCCACUGGUGGAGCCAACAGGAUCCUUCCUCCCAUGGCAGACCCGUCCCUGAUGAAGCGAUACCAGGAGCUGGGUGACAUAUUCCCUCUCUCAGAUGAGGAGUCUGGUUCUGGGUCUGACACCAUGGUGGAAGCAGAGCCAGCCUCUGGGUCAGGGCUUGGUGAUGGCAACAGCUUCUCUGAGGUGAAGCUGCCUGUCUUCUUAGCGGGCCCGCGAGGCAGCGAGCUGAAGAGAAAGCUAACGGAGGAGGAUUUGCUCCUGUAGGGCUGGAGAUAGCAGCCUUCUUGUGCCUCCUGCACCCCUUCCCCAGUGCCUGACCCAAUGCGAUGGCCAUGAAGCAGUUUUAAACCAACUUCAAUAAAAACUUCGCCGUACAA